UAUAGUCCCGCAUUUUUCAACUCAAAGGCGCACAAAUAAAGCUGUUUGUUUCGACCGGCUCGGGUACGCCUUCGCGGGCUCGUUUUUGGAGCGGAUCUAUCCGAGUGCUGAAAUCUUUUGCUCGUCUUUGGAGCACUUUUGUUUACACUGGCGUAAAGUGGGUGACGAGUCUCACGGCCAGUAAAGAAGCGACAACUUGCUUGCAGCCUGAGUAGUUCUUGCGACUGUUAUUGUUGCUUUCAGAAUAUUUGUAUUACGCCACAAAUAACGCGGAUCGAGUCGAAAGUGGAGGGAAAGUGCUUCUGAAGUGGGAACAUGGAGCUGCAAGGCCUUCAAGAGUCACUGAAAGUAGAAGUCCAAUGUCAUCAGAAGCUCGCCGUUAGAAGUUGUCCUGUGGGAACGACCGCCAAACCCCUCUGCCUCAUCAAGCAGCCCAGCCAGAACAUUGCCAUCUCUGUGGUGCCGGCGAAGACUCCCGUUUCCAUGGUGACGGCACACAUUAACGGACAAAAGGCGCUGAGUUCUGAGACGCUUCAGACGUCCCCGAUCAACCUCCAAACACCCGUUGGACAGAGCAUCAGCCGUUCACAGAUGUUUGGAGCACUCACAGCGAUCCCUAUCAAGGUGCCUCAUGUCAGCUCACUACAGCGACUCGCCGGACACUCACCCAGCGUGCUACCUCAGGUCAGGCCAAAGACCCUCAUUCCAGACAGCCUUCCUCUCAGCCCAUGCAGCGAUUUGCAGCAGUCGGGUCAGAUGUGGAGCGUGUCACAGGGCAGGGCUGUGGUCAGUCCCAAGAGCCAGGGCGCAUCUCUGCCCACUGCCAACAGCACCGUCAGCCACGACAGACUGUCCAACACGCAAGAGGACAGUUCCUCACCACCCCUGUCCAUGCCUGGUGCAUCCAGCACCUCCGCCAGUGCCGGUGUGGCGUACGCCAUCAUCUCAGCGGCCUCACCCGCAGCACACGGGGUGUCAGGAGUCACUGAAGCAAUUAAAGUUCAACCGCUGAUCUUUAGUCCAGACAGCAAGGUUAUAAUCAUUCAGCCACAGAUUCCCAGUAAUUCAAGAAGUUCUCCAGCCUCACAGACUGACAGUCCUGUAAAGGAGCCAAGUCCUGAUCCCUCGACUCCAGCCAAAAAGAAAGAGGAGGAUCCAGAGAAAAUUGCCUUCAUGGUUGCUCUUGGUCUGGUCACUACAGAACAGCUGGAGGAGAUCCAGAGUAAAAGACAGGAGAGGAAAAGACGCAGUACAGCAAAUCCAGCGUACAGCGGACUGUUUGAACCAGAGCGGAAACGACUUGCAGCAAAUUACCUUAACGGUGCUAUGUUUCUGUCGGCAAGAGACUCUGACGAGCUGUGCUGGAAGGAGUUGCAGCAUGAUGAUCACUGUGCAGUGUGUAAGCAGGAAGGCGGUCUUCAGCCCUGUCACACCUGCACUCGAGCCUACCACCCCGACUGCCUGAACCCACCUCUCAAAACUGCCAUCAGGGGCAUGUGGAUGUGCCCCAAGUGCCACAAGAAAGUUUUGAACAAAGAGAAUUUGUCUUGGCCACAGAAAUUCAUGCAGUCAUAUGUUACACAUAAAACAGUGCGAGAGGAAGAAUGCAGGAAGCUCAUAAGGAGGAACACUGAACUGAAGAAAGAGUGUGAACAUCUAAGUGAACAGGACCAGAGACUCUGCAAAUCUCUCUCAAAGUGUAUGGAGCAUAAGGAGCAUCUGUUGGGUCAACAGCGAAACACUCAAGCUUCUCUGGAGCAUAUCAAAACUUUAAUCCGACUCAUCCAGCGAGAUCACAUGAUCCAAGUGACAAUGACGGCCACCACCACCAGAGCGUCGCUGCUCUCACUGCCCUGGAUCAAAGCCACCGGCAGCAGCACCAGCACCACAGAGCCUCACGCAGGGCCCUCUGCAGUACUUCACAAAAACAUACUGCAGUCACACAGCAACAACUGAUAACUGUCCCGACAACAGCUCGCUAAACACAUUCAUACAGAGACAUGGACAGUGAUAUCUAACUAACGUGUUUUUUUCUGCUUACUGUAAUGUUACGAUAAAAAAAGGAAAACAAAUUGAAAAUGAAAUUAUAAGCAUCACUUGAUUCAUAAGUAUUUUUUAAAGCCAACACACACAGUGCUCACAAGAUUUUUUGUACCGAUUUUUUUAUUUAUUUUUUUUGGCCUUAAUGUAUUUACAACUAAAUUACGAUGCCGUUGCAAAUAUAUAAAACAAGUAUUCUACAUAGCUAGAGACGUUUGUUUUUAUGCUUUGCAUUUUUUACUGGGGUUUUGAUGUGUGUGGGGGUGGGAUAAUUGUCCGCAUAUAGUGAUUAGAGAACAUUAGAGUAUUUGUAGUUGAAGUGACAUAUGAAACGGAGAGCACUGUAUAUUGAUAUAUCCAAAUAGAUUGUUCCGAUUUUUGCCAUAUUAAUUCAGGUGAAAGUAAGACAAAACAUUAUUUCAUUGUGUGUGUACUUACAACAAAAAAUAACUUUUCAGUAUUAUUAGAGACAAAAGAACAAAGUAUUUAAGACAUGACAUAAUUCAGCAUUUUUAGUGAAGAAUUUAGUGUUUUCAUGCCGAUGCCUGUUAAUAAGUUCAAAAAAGUAUUGGACAGAGGGAUCGUUGUACACAUUUGAUCUUUUUUUAAUUUCAUUUUGGCUGUCCCGACGACAACAACGAAAAAGGCCAUUAAGUUCUUUGAGUGCCUGAUCCCAUCAUCCAAAAAUGUUUAUCUUGUUUCUGAGUAUGCCAAAAACCCUAAACAUUUUUGUACUGUUAACGUUAUAACCUUUUCAUCUCAUAUUUCUUUACGGUCUGUGAUUUUACUUUUUCGCUAAAGUGUGUCAUUCACAACUCACUCUUAUCAGAAAUUCCUUCUGGAAUGACCUAUACAGCAUGGAUAGUGCUCCCUUCGAUGUGCCCUGCGAAGGCAUCAUUAGCACAGGUGAGAACACAGCCAUGUGAGCUGAUCAGAUGUAGGGGGAGGGUGUGUUCUUGUUCCAGAAAGCAUUUGUUUAGACAAAGUUUCUCAGCCUCUAUGUGACAUCAUGGUUGUGCCUGGAUCUGUCUAGCUGGAAGAGAGAGACUGCAGAUUUGAAAUAUCUUCUUUAAACAAAUUUAGUCAACGUUUAGAAGUACACUAGCAUAUCAAUGAUAGCAGAUAUGGAUGAAAAGCAGCAAAACUUUCAUUUUGAUUUCACAGUGUCUUUAAAGACGGCACUGCAUGACUUGAUGAUGUUGUGUUUUGUGAUGUGAUGGUUAAUCUGACACUCUUCAGACUUGCUACGCUAUAUUCGCGUACGGAGGUAGUUUGAACGGAAGGUAGGCGUGUUGAUAUAGAACGGUGAUUAAAACUGACUGGAACUAUCUGAGCAUUAAUGGAUUUUAACGCACACAAUCCAGCCAAUCACAAUCGAGUAUUCUGAUAGACCAUGCUAUAAAUUAAAAUUAUUAUUUGUUGUCACACCUUUAAAAAGUAUAAUACAUAAAAAAAAUAACACAUGGACACAUUUAGUGCUGAUCAUGUGUUUUAAAGGUGUAACUAUGAAUAGUUAAGUAUUAUAAUAUAUUAUAACUACAAGUAUGGUAACAAUUAUUCAUGACAAGACAUAGUGGAUUACUAGGUGUACUAUUAUAGGGCAUUAUGAAUAGAACUCAGAAACCUUUAUAAUGCAUUAUAUACAGACUUCAUAAGAAGUUGUGUUUAUGUUUUAGUUUUUUGAGAAAAGCAAAAUCUCAACCCAAGUAAUGUCUCAUUCAGGUCCUGUAAUAUCAGAUUCAGAAUGUAAAUUGAAUGCAUAUCAUUUGUCUGUUUAUUAAGUCACUCCCGUUAGAUACUGAACAGGUCCGUUACUGCAAAAAAAAUCAUAUUCUUAACAGGUAUCUUUGUCUUAUUUUCCAGUUGUCCGAAAUAUCUCAACAUCAUUAAAACAAGAUACAUUUACUUGAGAAGCAGAAUUGCAUAAUUUAAUAAUAUUAUACUAUAUAAUAUUGUCAUAUACUACAUAUUUAACUUUUUUAGUCUAUUGGAAAUAGUCAUUUUUACUUAGGUUUAUUCUUGAAAUAACUCAAAUUAGCCUUUGAACUAGUUUUAUUAUCAAUUUUCCUGCUCGAGUAAAUGGAUCUUGUUUUAAAGAUAUUUUUACUGGAAAACAAGAAAGGAAAAACUGAUGAAGAAACAUAUUUUUGCAGUGAUUAAAGACUAUAUGACAGUGGCAUGUGAUGUAAAUAUCAGUCCCUUUUCAUUAAAAACUAGAUUUCUUUUUUAAAUCAAACAGAGCUCUCUUGUCCAUAUCAUUUCCAAACACAUCACGGCACGUCCCAGAUUUGUUCACUCGCUGUUGCCCAUAUUCCAAAAAUAUACUCCGGAAGAAACUGUGCAGUGCUUAUACAGAUCUAUUUUACUACACGCAACACAACAAUGAACAACAACAACAACAACAACAACAACAACAACAAAAAUUCUAUUCUUUUAUCAAUGAACAAAUGAGGGGGGAAACAGAUCAAAAAUUACAAUUUUUUUAUUGUUUGAUAAUUAUGCAUUUUGACUUGGCUUGCAAUAUGUGACUUGUUCUUUUGCAAUGAAGCAAGAAGCAAAUGAAAAUGGAUAAGACAACACACAGAGGUGUUUUAGAUAGAUGUCUUUGGACUGUGGUUUUAUUUGUAAUUCUGAAGGGGACUGUCCAGUGGAUAGUACAUAUAGAGUGUUUGUCUUACAUAUGCCAAUGUAGUUUUUACAUCAUCUUUAUGAACUAUUAAAGUUGACUGGUGGAAGUUCA